AUGACCAAACUACUCCCAGUUGCUUUGGGCUUUCUGCUCGUUCUGCACAUCGCUGUAUCCAAUAAGCUGGUGUGUCACAUGACCAACUGGGCCCAGUACAGACCAAGUGGUGCUAAAUUCACUCCAGACAACAUUGACCCUUUCCUCUGCACCCAUGUUAUCUACUCUCUGGCUACAAUCAACAGCUUCAACCAGAUUAUUCCCGUGGAGUGGAAUGAUGAGCAGCUGUAUGGCAGCCUUAACAGCCUCAAAAACUACAACCCUGCGCUGAAGACUCUGCUGUCUGUGGGAGGCACUGUAAAUGGGAUUAGCCCCUUUAUUUCCUUGGUUGGCAAACCUGAUAGUCGUGAAGCUUUCAUUAAGUCAGCGAUCAGCUUCCUGCGAACCCAUAACUUUGAUGGGCUAAACAUCGCCUGGGAAUACCCUGGACACAACGGCAGCCCACCGGAGGACAGGGAGAGGUUCACUCUGCUGGUUACGGAGCUGGCCAAGGCGUUCCAGGAUGAUGCCACAGAAAACAAGAAGACGAAGCUGCUUCUCUCAGUCAAUGUGGCCAGUUUAACUACAACUAUAGACAAGGCUUAUGAGGUUAACAAGAUUGCACCCCACUUUGACUUCAUGAACAUCAUGUCAUAUGACUUCCAUGGACACUGGGAGGAUGUGACUGGACACAACAGCCCUUUGUACCGCAGCUCGGUGGAUAUUGGAUCACAGCUGGACUAUAACAUC